CCUCCCAACAGCGGCGUUCUAUGUCCUAGAAGUCAUUGCGGCACCCAGCCAGCUUCCCUCAAAUUCGCUCAGACACGCAAGGCCAGGAUUAGAUCGACGGGUUGUUUAACAAUCGGAAUCGACGGCGCACAAUAUGACUCAAGCACAAGACUACUUGCCCGUGCCUGACGAAGGGCCACCUGCACGUAAUCUGAACCGUGCCUACAAAACGCCCGCAUAGGCAGUAAAUGGUCGCAAUCUUCAGCCAACGCACUGCAGAAGGAGGAACAUUCUUGCAUAAAUGCACCGCCAAAGGGGGGGGGCAAGGAAAACGGUGAGGGUGCAGAGGCGUAGCGAUGCCAGGACAACGAUGCAACCUCUACCUAGUGCGUGGCGCGCGCGCGCCUGCUGCCAACCCGAGCUGGGAGCUGCGCGCGGCCAGGCGAUCUACUGCGCCAACCGGCCGGGUAACUCCCGGCCCAGCGGAAAACUCGUCCCUGGCCGAGGCCGAGGGGCUGCGCCCUGGAGGUCAUGAGCUUCUCUCGGAUGCCCGCAGGAGGCCCCGCCGGCAAUCGGCCCGGGCCCGAGGUCGGUCGGAUCGACAUGGACCCUGCCGGUGCGGGAGCGCAGCCCCGGGCCUCGGGCCGCUCCUUCGCGGAGGAACGCGCACAGAUGUUACAUAGAAAGAGCUCGAGAACGGGCGGUGACUUGCCCGAGAUCACGCGCCCACUCCCGCGAUCGGGGCGCGCUGUUGCCAGCCCCAGGGGCGAGGCCCUCAGGGCGGCGGGCACCGCAGGGAGGACGGAAGGGGAGAGGGAGGGAGGGAGGAAGGGAAGGGCAGGGAAGGGAGAGAGAGAGAGAGAGGCAGGCCUCCGCCAGCAGCAGGGGGGCGCUCCCUCGUUGGCCAUCCGGGCCACGGCGUGCCCGCGGAAGAGGCACGGUGCCGCCCUCUACCCGGGAAAAAAAACGGCAUCGAGCAAGACAAAACGUCGGAGUUCUUGGGGGGCGGAAGAGGAGGAGGAGGAGGAGGAAGAGGAGGAGGAGAAGCAGGGGAGGAGGAGGGAGGCCUCCACGACGCCCGCAAAUAAAGCGCUCUGCUGCGACUCGCUGCCGUUCCGCCCGCGGCCACCGGGGCUGAGGCAGGAGGAGCAGGGCAAGGGGCGCCGUGGGAAAGCCAUGCAGGGGCCUGGCGCCCCGAAGCCUCCGCUCCGCUGCCCUCGGCGUGCGCGCACGCGGGGCGGGAGCCAGCCGGCCACGUGGAGAGCCGAGGCGGCCAGCAUCGCACCGACCGCGAACCCGAUCGUCGAGGCCAGCCGCCCGUGCCCCACCCACGCCCAGACCGGCGGGGGCGGCGGGUUCAAAAAAGGCACCGUGUGGGCACAACCAUAAACUGUCGGAGGGCCGUGCAGACUUCUGGGAUCUGCGCUGACCCCCCCUCCCUGGCGCGCUCCGCGCGCCAGGGGCGGCGCCAGAGGCGCCACCAGGGGUCUCCAGCGCCGAUGCGAAAAAUCCGCGCGGCGCUCCGACAAUGCAUGUUUAUGCCAUGCUUGUCCGCCGAUCACCCAAGCCCAGACUGGCGGGGGCGGCGGGUCAACAAAAAACACGUCGUGUAGAGCCGCCUUGGAUCCAUCAAGAAUCAAGGCUCCCCACGGCCGGCUCUGCGAGGACCACGGCACGCUGCCGGCCACCUGCGCGACGGCUAAGUACUUGGCGCGCGACACGGAACUGCGCGCUCGCGCCGACAGCUUCAACAUCUAUCGCUCCCCGCCCCAUAUCAAAGAAAGCCAAGUCUCUAACGGGACACCAGGGGCAACAGGGGGGCGACGACGACAUCGAGGACGAGAGACACGAGAAACUCCUGAGUCCCACGUGGCGUUCGGCUGCCAGUCGCUGCUGGCCGCAGAACAGAGGGGGGAGAUGGCGAAGCGGGAGGAGGACGACAAAGGAUGGGGAAGAUGGCAGAUGAGGGGGGAGAUGGCGGAAGAGGAGGAAGAGACAGCGGAGGAGGGAGAGCUUCUGCGGGGCACGGGCGCGCACUGGGCUAGAGUGCGCGCACGGCGCCGUGCAGGAGCUCAAUCGCUGUGAGACCGUCAGCUCGACGCCGAGGUCGGGCAGUCGGAUGACUAUGGCCACGUGGUGGCAUCGUACGCUCACCGCCAAGGGGGCGGGCUGGUGGCAUCGUACGCUCACCGUCGAACUAGGAAUAAUAAGAACAGCGCAUGUGAACAGCAUGCCAUCGCGCCAACGUGGGCACACGAGGAUGCAAACUAGCGCGCUACAAAACCAAACGCAGCCGACAAAGGCCCAAACCGCGGGUCCUCAGACGUCACGCACCAAGCAAGGGAACUCACUCUGAUGUCAAUAGUCGUGCUUCACGCUCUCCGUACUGAUCCGUCGAUGCUCAGCUGUCUGAGGAAGCGCUUGAC